ACGAACACACAGAAUAGAACAGAACCACAGAACCUCGGUCUUCGAUAGGUUGCCUCUUGCCUAUCAGCCUAUUAUUAUAUACAUUUAUAAAAUAAAAUGCCUAUACGAAUUACGAACUAAAAUUUUUAUUCAAAUUUCAUAAUAUACUGCAGAGUGGAACGUUUAAAUUUUAAAUUGUUUAAUAUUUAUUAACUAUCUGUGAACUUACAAAGUAUUAAUAUUGACUUCAGUAUAGUGAACUUUCAACAUUGUUGUCAGUGCAAUUGCCAAUUAAAUCAAAUGCAAAACACUGCACCAGUUCACUGAAUAUUGAUCAAAUCGAAUACGUUUUUGCACUCGGUGCGCAAUGAGUGCAAAAAGUUAGUCAAAUCGAAAACGCUAUUAAGUAUUUAUAAAUAUGAAAGGUUAUAAGAUCACUAAUUGUGCACAAGAUAUGAGAUUUGGUAUUGUCGGCAAUUCAUUAAAGGAUGUUUUUACUAAAGGAUGUCAGAAAUUAAAGUUAGACCAUAUAAAUGCGACUAUGAUGACUGUUGAUGGUACAGUGAUUGAUGAUGAAGACUAUUUUCAACAAUUACCAGCGCAGACUCUAUUUAUAUUUCGGUUAAAUGGGGAAACAUUUGAAACAGGGGCUGAUUUAAUAUAUAAUGUGCUUGCCGCUGUUAAUAAUAAUACAUUAAAAACUUCAAUCAAAAUAAAAUCAUUUAUGGAUGAAAACAUUAAAGAAAAAAUAAGAAUAUUAUCUUCAGUUCUGGAUGUAGAUGAUGAAAGUAAAAAAAAAAAAAUUAGCAGUCUAAGAUUAAGAGACCCAGAUUGGUUUCAAGGUUUGGAAACUAGGGCAAGAACAAAAGAAGAAUUCAUGUUCAAACGCUGCCAAGAACGAAUUCGAAGUUAUAUGUACAAAACAAAAUCGGAUAUGAUAAAGUCAGAUUUUUACAUAAAACAAACAAAGUGCAGGAAGUACUUAGAUGAAGUAUUUAAACAAUUCAGUGAACUUUUAACAAAAAACAAACAUCAUGGAUAUUAUUUUGAUAGAUCAAAUACAAAUGGUUUGUGUGACGAGAUUGGAACUUUUAAAUGCGAGGGAGCAUGGAAUCAAUCUGUUUGUUCUUAUGAACGCGGAACUGGUCACAAAAUCAACCCAUACCAAAGCAGGGAGAGUAGAAUUAUAUUUUCUACUUGGAAUUUAGACCAUUGGGUGGAGAGAUCUCGAACUAUAAUACCAGCACUGUUUGAAGCCAGUAAAAUGGCAUCUGAGGUUCACCGUUCAAUAAAUAUGAACUAUUUCUAUGAAUUGCUCUUCACAACAGUUAAUCUUAAACUCGUACAUAUUGUAUGUCAUGACAAAGGUCAACAUAUCAGUGCUAAAUGUGAUCCAAACUUGUAUUUACAAUAUAAAAAGGUGAUUCAUAGCUUCUCGUAUGCUGAUAACUGUUUAGAAAACGAUUUCAAUAAUUGAUCAAAUCAAAAAUCUAUAAUAAUUAAUAAUUAUGUAUUGACAUACUUAUUAUGGAAUAAUGGGUUUUCGCAGACAUCUAAGAUGAAAAUUAAAUCUGGUUUUUUGAAACCUUUUCAGGAGGUUGUUAUAAUUAAUUUUGUAAUUUUUCAUCCUAAGAUAAUAUUGUUUUUCUAAAAUAUAAUUUGUAAUAAAUGACUGAUUAGUAAUAUUCCCGUUUUUGUAUUUCUAUAAUAUUAUCUUCUACUAUCUUCAGCUUCAAUAUAAUAUAAUGCAAAUAUUCUUGUUAUCUUAUUCAACACUACAAUAUUAUUUUUCUGCACACUCAACAAUGAUAUUCCACUAAAGUUAGAAUGCCAAAUAGUAGAUUUUUUAGUGGCCAUACAUUUGAAAGUUGUUUAUUUGUCAUUAUGAUUCUAAAAAAAUAUCAUUAAUAAUAAUAUCUCAUGUAAUUUUACUUUGUUAACUUCAUUCAUUUAAUUCAUUUAUGUUAUCUGUAUUUUAAAAUUUUGUAACGACCAUGUUAGAACAGUUACAUUGUGUCAUAUAGGCAACCCGAUUGACAGGCAGUUCGUUUUAAUAAAGUUGAUUCUCUCUAUUUGCUUGAUGCAGUCAUAGUUGACAUUGUUUCGGUGAUCAGUUGAUAGUUAAGUAAUAUUCUCAUUUGCUCAAU